GCCCCCCCCCCCCCCCGGCGCGCGCGCGCGCGUUGCGAACAUGGCGACGGCGUCGCAGUGACGGCCGCCAUGGAGGCCGCGCCGGGGCCCGAGCGGCUCUUCGACGCGCAGCGGCUCCCCGCGCCCGGGCUGGCGCUGCUGGCGCUGGUGCUGUACCUGCCGGUGGGGCUGUGCCUCCUGGUCGUCCGCCUCUUCGUCGGCCUCCACGUGUUCCUCGUCAGCUGCGCCCUGCCCGACGGCGGCCUGCGCAGGCUGGUGGUGCGCGCCAUGUGCGGGGCCCUGGGGCUGGUGGUCCGCGAGCGGGACGCCCAUCUGCGCGACCGGCGGGCCCGGGUCUACGUCUCCAACCACGUGACGCCCUUCGACCACAACAUGGUCAACCUGCUGACCCGCUGCAGCACCCCCCUCCUGUCCGGCCCCUCGGGCUUCGUGUGCUGGUCGCGGGGCUUCGUGGAGCUGGCGGGCCGGGGGGACCCGGCGGAGGCCCUGCGGCGGUUCUGCGCCUCGCCGGGGGACCGCCCCCACCCUCUCCUCCUGUUCCCCGAGGAGGAGGCCACCAACGGACGCGAGGGGCUGCUCCGCUUCAGCUCCUGGCCGUUUUCCGUUCAGGAGGCCGUGCAGCCGCUGACCCUGCGGGUCCGCCGUCCCCUGGUUUCCGUGAACGUGGCGGGCGCCUCCUGGGUCUCCGAACUGCUCUGGGCGCUCUUCGUCCCCUUCACGGUCUAUCAAGUGGCUGCGGCCCAUCCGCAGGGAGCCCGGGGAGGCCAGCGAGGAGCUGGCGGUCCGCGUGCAGCAGCUGGUGGCCGCGGAGCUGGGCCUCGCCGGGACUCGCCUCACCCCGGCGGACAAGGCCGAGCACCUCAAACGACGGCGCCACGUGGCUCCUCGGGCAGCUCCGCCGCCGGCCCCUCCCACGGCCGGCCCCGGACGGGACGGGCAGCUGGCCGCGCUGUCCCAGCGGGUCAAAGAAGUCCUGCCUCACGUGCCGCUGGGGGUCAUCAGGAGAGACCUGGUCCGCACCGGCUGCGUGGACACGACCAUCACCAACCUGCUGGAGAGACCCGCGGCCGCCGACCGGUGCCGGCCCGCGCCCCCGGCCCCCAAGGCGAGAUCUCAGCCCUCCACCGCGACGUUCGCCAAGUCUCCCUGGGCCCGACACGAGAGUCUGCGGGAGCGGAAACAGGCGCUGUACGAGCACGCCCGCAGGCGUUUUUUGGAGAAGCACGCCCAGAGCCCCCGAGGGACGCCGUGACGGCGGAGGGAAGCGCCGAGCCGGGACCGGCCUCCCCGUCCCCCAUUAAACGCAGGGUUUUCACCGACCCCCGGGCCUGGUGUGGUCACUCCCGCGGCCGCCGCCGUCCCCGUCCGGGCACCGCAAUUCCCGGCAUCCUCCGAGGAGCCCGGCGUCGCCGUGGCAACCCUCCGGCGUCGCCGUGGCAACCUGCCAUCACGGAACCGGAACUCGCCUGGCAUCCCGUGACCCGGUGGGGCGUGGGCGCCCCCUGGCGGCGGCGGCGGACGGACGGAGGGACGGACGGGAGGACGGACGGACGGAGGAUGUCGCGUCCCCGGAGCCCCGGGGUCUCGGUGUCGGUGAGCCCCUACGACGGGCUGCCGGUGUCGAGCCGCUACACCGAGCUGCUGUCGGCGCGCCGCGCCCUGCCGGUGUGGGCCGCCCGGGCCAGCCUGCUCCACCAGCUGGCCCGAACCCCCACCGGCGUCGUCCUCGUCGUCGGCCCGCCCGGCACCGGCAAGACCACGCAGAUCCCGCAGUGGUGCGUGGAGUUUGUCCUGGGCGGAGGCCCGGAGGCCCGGCGGGUGGUGGUGUCCCAGCCGGAGCCCCUGGCGGCCCUCAGCCUGGCCCUGCGAGCCGCCGACGAGAUGGACCUCGCCCUGGGCCACGAGGUCGGCUACACCGUCCCGCUGGAGGACUGCGCCCGCCCCGACACCCUGCUCCGGUUCUGCUGGGACGGGCUGCUGCUGCAGGAAGUGGCGUCCACCCCCGGGCCGGGGUCCUGGGGCGUCCUGGUCCUGGACGAGGUCCAGCGGCGGUCGGUGGCGUCGGACGCCCUGCAGGGCCUGCUCCGGGCCGCCGUCCGGGGCCCGGGCCUGGGGCCCGCCCGGCUGGUCGUGGUGACCGAGCCGGCCCUCGCACCCAAGCUGCGCGCCUUCUGGGGGGACCCGCCGACGGUCCGCGUGCCCGAGGGGCCCGGGGAGACCCCCGUCCCCGUCUACAGGGACCCGGCCCCCCGGGACCCGGUGGAGGCCGCCUGCCAGGCCGUGCGGGCGCUGCACCGCGCCGGCGGGCCCGGGGACGUGUUGCUCUUCCUGGCCAGCGAGGAGGAGAUCUGCCGGUGCUGUGAGAUCCUUCGAGGAGGAGAGGAGACGGCGGGCGACCCCAUUUCGGUGCUGCCCCUGCACCCCGGGCUGGGCCCGGCCGCGCAGGCCGUGUACGAGGAGCCGGCCGAAGGGGCGGCGCGGAGGGUGGUGGUCACCCACUGGCUGGCCGACUGGUCCUUCUCCUUCCGCGCCACCGGCCAUCACGUCGUGGACACCGGGCUGGAGCUGCGGAGCGUCUACAACCCCCGGAUCCGAGCCGAAUCGCAGGUGUUGAGGCCCAUCAGCAGGAGCCAGGCCGAGGCCCGGAGGUGGCGGGCCAGGGGCUCACCCCCAGGGUCCUGCCUCCGGCUCUAUCCCGAGUCGUUCCUGGAUCAGGAGGCCCCGCUCCUGCCCCCGCCCCGGGUCUGCGAGGAGAAUCUCAGCCGCCUGGUACUGCUGCUCAAGCGGAAAAACAUCGCCCAACCUGGGGAGUGCCACUUCCUGGACCGACCCGCCCCCGAGGCCUUCAUGCAGGCCCUGGAGGACCUGGACUACCUGGCCGCCCUGGACGACGACGGCGACCUGUCGGACCUGGGGGUCAUCCUGUCGGAGCUGCCCCUGCCCCCCGAGCUGGCCAAGGCCCUGCUGGCCGGCUGCGAGUUCGACUGCGUCGACGAGAUGCUCACCUUGGCCGCCAUGCUGACCGAGGCCCCCGGGUUCGAGGCCCCGCCGCGCUGCGCCGAGGAGGCCGCCCUCCGCCGGGCCCUGGAGCAUCCGGACGGGGACCACAGCACCUUGAUCCGGGUGUACGACGCCUUCGUCCAGGGUGGCGAGGACGAAUCCUGGUGCCGGGCGAGGGGCCUGAGGUGGGAGGCCCUGUGCCAAGCCCGGGCCUUCCGCGCCGAGCUGCUGGCGCUGAUGCGCCGCGUCGAGCUGCCCGUCUCCCCGCCGGCCUUCGGCUCCGACCGCAACCGGGAGGCCGUCCGGAAGGCGCUGGUGGCCGGCUACUUCCUCAAGGUGGCCCGGGACACGGACGGGAGCGGCAACUACGUGCUCCUGACGCACAAGCACGUGGCCCAGCUGUCCCCGUCCUGCUGUUACCGCCACCGCCGGCCCCCGCCCUGGGUCGUCUAUCACACCUUCUCCGUGUCCCGGGGCAACUGCCUGUCCGUCGUCUCGGCCAUCCAGCCGCACAUGUUGGUGGAGCUGGCCCCGCCGUACUUCCUCAGCAACCUGCCUCCCAGCGAGAGCCGGGACCUCCUGGACCAGCUGCGGGAGACCCCGCCGGACCCCCCUGCCCGGCCCCCCGCCCCUCCUCGGGACCCCCGGCCGGGCCCCACCGAGGCCUGCGCCCUGCAGUGACCGGUCCGGCCGGCCCGGCCCAGAGAGGAGCGGGCGGCGGGGCG